AUGGUUGUUACAACCGAAGAUAUUUUAGGUUACUUACCUAACGCAACGUGGGCUAAAGCAGCUACAGGACUUCUAUGCGUUGCUUGUUUGCUACAAAUAGGAACACUAGUAAAAUCACCAAAAUCCGUUGUCUGGGUAGCAAUAAUUGGAACACUUGGGGAAAUCGCAGGUUGGAUAUGCAGGGCAUUCUCUCAUUAUCGUCCGACAAAAACAUACUUUUAUAUUAUACAAUUCCUUACUUUAUUGGUUGCGCCAAUCUUUUAUUCAGCUGUGUUAUAUGUCUUACUAUAUCGGUGGUCACUACAUUAUGGUCCUCAAUUUUCUUUAUUUCGACCGAACUACUAUGUUGCUAUUUUUGUUACUGCAGACGUUGUGGCUUUCAUAGUUCAAAUAGCUGGCGGAGCUAUGUCAAGUGAUCAAAACAAUCCACAGAUAGGGCAACAUGUUGCUUUGGCUGGCGUCAUUUUUCAGCUUGUGUGUACCGUUCUAUUUUGUUUUUUGCAAAUAAUAUUUAUGGUUAGCGUGAUUCGAGUAAGACCUGUACGUUUCGUACCAGGUUCAUACACAUUAUACUCACCGAGGACGAAGGUAAGGGACAUCUCAUUUUUAUUUUUAAUUCUAUCAACAAUUGCGGUUCUAGUCCGUGUUAUUUAUCGAACCGCCGAGUUUACCGAAUACGACAAAUUUAAAAGCUCAGAACUAUGGUUUGAUAUACUUGACUUUGGGCCAAUGUUUGUUGCUGCAUUGUUUUUGAUUCCGGCGCUUUAUCCUAGCAUGUACAAACCGAUAAAUGCUGCCGAUCCGACAAAAUUUUAUUCCCAAGGCACUACUGAAAGCACUCAGGAAUUAACAAAGGAAGGAAACGAAACUUACUUGAAAUGA